AUGUCCCAGUCCGAAGAGCUUAGACAAAUCAAAGAAGCUUUAAAUGCAAUACGAAUGCAGAUUGACCAUCACAUAGAAUUUCAAAGAGCCGCAUCAGCUAUCACCCAACAACCCCAGCCACAAUGGCUCCCUCGAAGCGAAGAUUGGGACCAAAGAAGCUUCGAAAAAUGGCUACGCUCACUGAUACCGAUACAAACUAAGCUAGAACGCAUACGACUCAAGUUCUUCGCAAGUCUGAGCAAUUCAACCACAAACCUCCGCGCCAGUAUCGGGGUUCGACCUGACGACUUCCCUACAAGUACGUUAGUACCGACUAGACAAAACGCCGCGCCUAUGAUCGUUAGUCAAAAUCCCUUGGUUUUGUUACCAUGGGGUACUCAGCCUCUCGAUUUUAGACUGAAGCCAUUGUUUGAUGCGUGGCCUAAGCAUUUGGCUUGGUAUCCCGCUUUUCGUGACCCCGUUCUUUCUGCCAGAGCUUUACAGAAGCAGUUCUCUCAUAUUGAUUGUCCCGAAGAAGAUUUGUAUUGGGUUUUUGCUAGGGGUGAGAAGGAUAUAUUUGUUCAGAUAUGUCGGAUGGAGUACGAUGAUGAGGGAUGUCCUGGCUUUAUUUCUGAGUCUUGUUUACAGGAAUCUCGAUUACCGAAUAUCCCCGAAGGCUCUUUAGUCCUAUGGGAACCUAGCCCAGUACGCAAGAAGAACACAAGAAGACAUUCAACCGAUAAACCCUGGAUUGGCCUUGGAUGUGGCACGAUAAUCGAUAUAAACCUCCAAGACACAGCCGUCCUCCCAAUGCACUUAAUAGCAUUCAUCCUCUGGCGCCUCCGCCACGCAGAAGACACAGGCUACCCAUCCUACCGCGAACAACGCUUCGCCCUAGAAUACCUACUAUCAUUCGCCUCAAGAUGGGGUGCCAUCCAACACCCCUUCGGCUCAUUCAGCCAAAAUAUCUCAAUCUACUUCAACAUCCGCUGGAUGGAUAUCAGCAAAUCGCCUCGCGAGUACAACGACACAGACCUGGGUCUCCAGAUAAAGCGCGAAUCGGGAGAUAUCCCGCAUAUCAACCGGAAGGUUCCUAUGGAUCUGCAUCUUCUCGAGGUCCGGCAUGGGAUUUGUCUUGUUAGUACUAUCCAACCCUUACCUUUUUAUUCGUUGCUUUUGUUGCAAGAUCGGGAGCCUUGUGCUGUUAGUCCGUUGAGGGAAUAUGUAGCUGUUGAAUUGGCUGAGCGGGCUACGAGGCUUUUCAAGAUGAGGGGUGGGAAUGUUGGGAGGUUGACUGCUAUUGGGUUUUUCCUUGCUUUUUUGUCGGUGCUUUUGGAGACUAUUGUUAAGAAUUGGGAUGUUUCGCUAGAUAGGCUUGAUGAGACUCUGGUAACUAGUUUGAGUGAGCUUAAACGCAGCAGGAGACAAGAUCUCAUGUUUGACAACGACCAAUUCUCGAAAUCAGAUCAAUAUUUCACUGCGUUACAGGUGCUUCGCAUUUGCAGUGACUGGAUCAAACAGGUUAAUCAAGGGCUGAAGACUUUACAUAGUCAGAUUGAUAUCUCAAAAGCUAGCCUUGACGAUGAUAGCGACGAUGAUACCAAUGCGCAUACGGCUCAAGAUAAAGAAGACGAAAGGAAGCGGCUACAUGAGAUGUGUUCUGUCGUGAUGGCUGAGAACGAAGCGAGGUCUCGGCCACUAUUGGACCGCAUCGAAAGGAAAGUUGAAGAAGUCAAAAGUCUUCGCGAUGGUCUUUUCAAUGCUACUUCUGUUCGAGAAGCCUCGAAAGGAACUAGUCUCGCUGAGAUGAGUGGGCGACAAAACCAGUAUAUUCUCGUCUUUACUAUUGCUACUGUUUUCUAUCUGCCGAUGAGUUUUGUGACAUCCUUCUACGGAAUGCAUAUAUUCGACCAGAGUGGCGAUUCCUCUAGUUCUCAAGCACCGUUUAUUGCUACCUUUGUGGUACUUUCUUUGGCAACGUACAUUCUGGCAGCUAGCGGUCUUUGGUUUAUCAAAGAUAGAGCAGAGCACAAAUCAAACCGAAGAGAUCAAACCUAUCCUAACGAGAAGGGAAAGAAACAACCGGCAUUGUUUGGCUUGCCGUCUAAGGAAAGAUCCGAUUCAGUCGUUUAA